UUUGCUGAAGCCAAGAUGGCGGCGGGCGGCGGCUGCUGGCGGGGCCUGGGGCGGCUCACGUGGCUGUGGCGCUGCCGGCCGAGCCUGGCGAUCGCGCAGGGGCCCCCCCGCGGGGUCCGCUGCAGGUUCUCCUCUGGAGUAAAGGGCGGCGUGGAAGGCAGGGCCGCGAAGGGGAGGCCUCUGCUGUGGGGGGCUGCCUUCGCGCUGGGGGGCACCUUCGGCCUCUACCAGACCCUGCAGCACCGCAGCCGGGCGCACCUGGCGGAGCAGCAGGUCGCAAAGCUCCCAGAAGGCUCCCUACAGCUGACCUUGUACCAGUACAAGACUUGCCCCUUCUGCAGCAAGGUGCGGGCCUUCCUCGAUUAUCAUGGGCUGCCUUAUGAGAUCGUGGAGGUGAAUCCCAUCAUGCGGAAGGAGAUUAAGUUCUCUUCGUACAGAAAGGUGCCCAUUCUUCUGGCCAACGCGGGAGGGGACCUGCAAAUGAAUGACUCUUCUGUGAUUAUCAGUACCCUCAAAACCUAUCUAAUUUCCAGGAAGAGUCUGGAUGAGAUUGUGUCCUAUUACCCAUCUAUGAAAGCCCUGAACGAGCAGGGAAAAGAAGUGACGGAGUUCUGCAAUAAAUACUGGCUCAUGUUGGAUGAGAAGGAAACCACGCACCUUUACCCCAUCAAAGCUGCAAGGACGGAGGAAAUGAAAUGGCGGAAGUGGGUGGAUGACUGGCUGGUGCACCUUAUCUCACCCAACGUUUAUCGUACACCUGGCGAGGCCCUGGCCUCUUUCGAUUACAUUGUCCGUGAAGGCAAGUUUGGUGCGCUGGAGGGCAUCUUUGCCAAAUACCUGGGGGCCGUUGCCAUGUUCUUCAUUGGCAAGAGGCUGAAGAGCAGGCACCAUCUGCAGGACGAUGUCAGAGAAGAUCUCUACAAAGCAGCCAAUGACUGGGUGAAAGCCAUUGGCAAGCACCGAAUGUUCAUGGGAGGAACUGAGCCGAAUCUUGCCGAUUUGGCUGUGUACGGAGUGCUGCGAGUCAUGGAGGGACUGGAAGCUUUUGAUGACAUGAUGACUCACACCAAAAUUCAGCCAUGGUACCGUCACGUGGAAGCAGCCAUCGGACACGCCAGGGUGGCGAAUUGAUGUCUUCUCGUUCUAAAUGGCAGCUGUGGCCCGAGAUAAGCUUGUCAAAGAAAGCGUGUUGAGUUGCAGACAAAAAAGCAAACAAAGCAACCAAAAAUAAAAUAAGGGAGAUGGGACUGAAAUAAGCUAACCGGAAGGCCCAGUGUAGAGAUAGGAAAGGUUUUUGGGAAGCCAUGAAACCUGGGCCAUGUUUUCAUAGGAAGCGCUAGAAGUAUACAAUAGACGUGUUACUUGGCAAGAGAAUUCUGCUUUUAAACGGGGGCAGACAGCACCCGUGAUUGUACAGAUGACAGCGUCAACGGUUUUUGUUCUGCUUUUGAGAUUUGAUUUCCUGUUCUAUUUUUGACUUGCUCUAAAUGUCUUCCUGGCUGUUUUGAAACUCUACAACGGCGCAGACGUUUGCUGGAAAAGAUCAAGGAAAUGGGCAUUUGGCAAAAGAGCCACCUUGGAUGAUGAAAAUGAUGUGGUCCCUGUAGAGGAAACGCAUUUCCAGCUCUUCAAAGAAAAUCCUCCCCCCCCCCCAAUAGAUUACAAAGUGACUCAACCUCUUUCUCUGGGAUGCGUUCUGUUUUUAAGGCUUCUGUUACCUGCAGACAGAUCCGGAUAGAGUAAUGGAAGCCCGCAACAAAACAGUUAUGAAAUAUCACUUUGAAAAUGGAUUAAAUUUCUGGAAAUGUU